AGUGGGUUUACAGUGCAUGAUUCCCUCCUUUUCUCCCUUGUUCGAUAUGUUGAAAGCAAGUAGAUCCCCGUGAAUAUUUGGUACAUCGCGGAUACAAGGUUUUAAACGGGGCAGCGGGAUUGUCAGCGAGAUGUAUCCCCGUGCGUGCUUCAGGGUCCUUCUCGUUGCUCAGCUUCUAACGGCGCUGGUUCAAGGUCAAGACGUGAACGAUGCGGCAGCUGGAUCGGCGGGAGCUGGCGGGGACGGGUGCCAGGACCUGAGCCCGUCCUGCCCAGGGUGGGGAGAAGCGGGCGAGUGUGACAACAACCCAGCAUAUAUGUUAGUCAACUGUCCCGUAACCUGCAAUUCCUGUCUUCCCCAAAGCGAUGAGGAGUGCACGGAUCGCGGCAACGUGGAGUCGUGCCGCCUGUCAGCCGUGCUUGGCUUGUGCGAGAUUAACUUCUCAUAUAACCUCCGCUUCUGCGCCGGGUCCUGCAGUCGCUUCAUCGAGAGGUGCCGCGACGUGGGAGCCAGAGACCCGGCGAGCUGCACAGAACCGCGUAGUAUCCUUAACCCAUCCUAUGAAUGCGGAGUGGCUCCUCAGCUGUCUCGGAGCAACAGCAUCGCUAACAGCAUCACAAGUAGCAACGCAUCCCCGCCGACUCAAGAAGCUCAGAGACGCAGGUUCCGGAGGUCCCCCCGGAGGCUCACCAUCAUCCUGCCGCGGGACAAACAGGCGCUCGGGAUUAAGAAAGAACAAAGUCUCGAUGGCAAGAAAAUCCUAAGACAGAGCGGCAAUGAAGAGGAAGAAUCCGAGGGAGAGGACUCGUCCACCGAUGGUAGUUGUGAUUGUGAAUUCUACUGUGACAACUGCUUUUGUCCUUUGAUCACGUCACCGACAUCGCCCACGCCGCCGACAACGCCCACGCCGCCGACAACGCCCACGCCGCCGACAACGCCCACGCCGCCGACAACGGCCACGCCGCCGACAACGCAAACAUUGACAUCGACGGAACCUGGAAUAAUUACUGAACCCCAGCUCCGGUAUGAAUAUCGUCCAGAACCAUCGAAGCUUAAGCCUAACGUUUUUCCGUUUAAAAGAACCGGAAAAAGAAGAAAGAGGAGAAUUUAUGAUAACCCGGACAAUUCCACGUGUAGUAACUUACUCGGCUGUGAAGAGAGAUGCGAGUGUCGGUGUGACGCGGAGCCCCCUUCUGUCACCACCAGUCCUCCUGUAACUUUCCCGCCCAUAACACCAGAAAUGGUCAACGUCUCGAUCCCGGGGAUCCCAGAGGUGGGGCCGCCCCUCAUCGCCGUGCUUAUACUCACUGCUGUCUACACCGCGGUAUCGGUAGGAGUUGGAGUCGGAGUCGGAGCCGGAGUCGGAGCCGGAGUCGGAGCCGGAGUCGGAGUACCAGCAGGACAACCAGCUGGGCAACCACCACCACCACCACCACCACCACCACCACCACCGCCACCACCGCCUCCACCACCACCACCUCCACCUCCACCUCCACCUGUUGUCCCUCCUCCCAGUUUGUUCCCGAGGGCCGCAAGGGCUCUUGUGCCCAACUGUAGGCCUAACGAUUAUGUCAAUUUAGUGAAUCGUCUCUUGAGCACCGGGCGAGUGAACAGCGGCCGCCCACUGGACCCUGAGGUGUUCGAUCUGGUGGAGGCGGUCAUCUUCUGCCAGCACGGGACGAGCAUGCAGCCCCCGUCCCUAGCGGCACCCAUCUAUAUGCCCGGAGGACCCGCGGAAUUGUCCCCGCCUCCCACCUGGCCCGGCGUGAGCCACCCGGCGCUGUUCGUCCACUCAAACAACACGGAGGACAUCAUGAAGGGCCUGCUCGAAACUGCAACCGCUGCUCCACCCGUGACACCCCCUGAUCCUGAUGUCCCUACCACUCCCCUCGAGACGCUCCCUGAUGGAGAUGUCCCUACCACUGCCCCCGAAACGCUCCCUGAUACUGAUGCUCCUGUCGCUCCAACUGAGGCAGCCCCUGGUGAUGAUGCCCCUGCCGCACCACCUGAGGCUGCUCCUGAUGACUCAGAUGUACCUGAUCAAACUUUAGUACGGGACAACGCUGUGAACGUGGCAGCCAUAGGGGCGGGAGUCGGGGCUGGUGACGGGCCGGUCCCAGUUGUGGAUGGCGACGACCGUGACAAAUUCUUCUGCGGAGGCUCCAUCAUCACACCGCGGCACAUCCUGACAGCUGCUCAUUGCGUCGUGACCAAAACACCCGACGUGAUCAGACUGGGCGAGGAAGACUUCACUCGCGCCACGGAGAGCCUCGCCUAUGACUACCCAGUGGCUCGCGUCAUCCUCCACCCAGACUACACCGUCAUCCCCAAGUACAACGAUAUUGCCCUCAUUGAAUUGGAGGACGAUGUGAGAGCGACGUCUUUGCUGAGACCUUACUGCGUGCCGCCCUCAGUGUUAGAUCUGACUAGCCAGAUCUGCAAGGUCGCUGGCUGGGGCACUCGUCCCAAUGAACAAGCUUCGUCGCUGCUCAUCAACUUGGAGGUCACGGUGAGAAGCCAAGAGGAAUGUAACAAUCUCUACUCUGCCGCUGGAGAAAUAUUCAGGCUCCAUUACCCACAAGCCUUGGACGACACCAUCCUCUGCGCCAACGGAGAAAAUGGGAACGACGUGUGUCGGGGAGACUCGGGUGGACCUCUGACAAGGACAGCAGCAGAUCGAAGAGAUCAGCAAGUGGGUUUGGUGAGCAGUGGCUACGGCUGUGGGGAUCCGCUCUAUCCUGGCCUCUACACUCGCACUGAUGCCUUCACAAGCUGGAUGGAUGACGUCAUCAAUGGUCCUUGCACUCCAGACAAAUUUCAAGCCCCAUAGAGAGACGCAGCGGAGGAUGUGGCGACAAACGCAGAUAGAAAGCAGUAUUUCGACAAGGGGAGGACUUCAUAACAUCCGGAAUGUCUUUGCUUGAAUGCAACGCAGUUUCUAUACCCUCUAUGCAUGUCAUGAAGACGAGAGGCGAUUAAUGGUGUGGUGAUGUGGUUGGCUUGAUUAGAAUUGUGUACCAAAGGAAGCAGAUGUCCUUGACUGCCGUGAGUCUAGACAUUACCAUCACGAGCAACAUUGUCAAGCAGUGCAACAUGAUGGUGUGCGAGCGUCUUCCAUAGUGAGUUACACAAUACAGGGAGCAGAUGCGUGGCCAGACAAAUCAAAGCUUGCCUGAUCAUGUAUUUGCCUGAUCAUGCAUUUGAUUAAGUCUAAUGAUAGAUUUUACGAAAAAAAA